AUGUCCGCUCGUCCCCAAGUCGGGCGUGGGACAAGCCGCGCAUCGUCUCCCAGCAAUACGCUGUAUUUUUGGAAUGGCAGGCUGCUGAUAUCAAAAGAUGCGCCGUGGGCUAUUGGCAUCACAGGCACGCUGUUGAUUGCAGGUCCAGCAUGCUGGAUCGCAUUCGAAGCACCUUACCUUUCGCAAGGAGUGAGCGUGGCACCUGUCGUUCUUUUCGCCUAUUUCUGGAUUAAUAGCGUCGCAAGCAUGCUGAAGACGGCGCUGACAGAUCCGGGCAUCUUGCCACGAGAAUUGGAUCCCGAACCGGACUGGCAAGAACCGCCGUCGCCACACAUGCCCUUCGAUAUUGAAGGGCCUAUGAGUAGACCAAAAGACCGUUCCAUUGCGUUAGAGCGCGUGGACGACGGUGGUGAUCCAUCGCUUGGCACAAUAGCCAGUAUACCCAGCGUCUGGUGUGAGACAUGUCAUGUGUACCGCCCGCCGCGAUGUAGCCAUUGCCGCUCAUGCAACAACUGUGUCGACACACUGGAUCAUCACUGCAUAUUUUUGAAUGCAUGCAUUGGGCGGCGAAACUACACGACAUUUUAUGCGUUUUUGUGCCAUACGAUGGCCAUGUUGCUCGUUGGGGUUGUCGGCUGUAUACUAAAACUGUAUUAUAUUGCAGCUCCGACAACAGUGGCUCAGGUACGAGCUGACGGGAACAAAACGACGCGUGGGUUCGUGCACGCGCUGAAAAAGACGCCGGAAAGUGCCGUGUUUUUCUUUCUCGCUACGGUAUGGUCGAUCCCUGUGGUGUGCUUAUGGACAUAUCAUACAUGGCUUCUGCAUCAGAAUCGCACCACGGUCGAGCAAAUCCGACUCGAGUCUACAUCCCGACUAUAUGACGUUCAUCGCCCGUACUCGACUGAUCUAUUCGACAGUGGUGCGUGUGUACGAGGCAUGGCAGCUUGCUCUGCUAAGAUUCGGAACGUUGUCGUACCCAAGGAGUUUGCUACGCCACUGACGGCAUUCGAGCCGCCGUCUUUGUCGCGCAAUCGCACAAGACAGAUGCGGCGGACGCGCGCUCCCUUCCAGCACAAAAACCCAUCGCGGAACGCGCUCCAAGUGCUGGGCCGCCCAACGUUUACAUCCUUCGCCCUUGUCCGGCCACAUGGGCUGGCCUUGACGUCAUUUCCAUCAACGUCUCUUCCUGUUCACGAGAUACCGAAUGAAUCGGUUCCUGCGUCCCCUCUGUACGCCCCACCCAAUGCCAAGAUAUCCUAA